ACUGUCUUUCGCUUAGGUAAUAGCUCUAUAGGGACGUUUCCAUUCCGUUUGUCCUUAUGUAAAUGAUGGUCGCAUUUACGUUUUCAAUAGGCAAGCCCUUUCAUUUUAAAUGGAUCCAGAUUUGAAACUUGUUUUGAUUGUAGAAUAAGCUAAGAAAUAGAAAAAAGUUGUCCAUCCCACCGUACUCUCUCUCUCUCUCCCCCUCGCUCUCCAACACACACACACAUACACACACACACCCAACACCACCCCCUUCUAUCUCGCACUCCCUGUCCACUCUCUUACAACAAACAUGGCCGCUAAAUCGGAUGGAGCAGCCGUGUCUUUGCAGAAUGAGAUCCCAGCUCCGAGCCUGCCUAGUCCCGAACAACAACAGCUACAAUAUCGUCAUGUCGUGAGGCAUUACUCGCUCCUGGACUGUUGCUGGGUGUUUUGCGCCCUACUGGUAUUUUUCUCGGACGGGGCAACGGACCUGUGGCUGGCUGCGGACUACUACCUGAGACGGGAAUACUGGUGGUUCGCCUUGACGCUGGUUUUCGUGGUCGUCCCAUCUGUGGUGGUCCAAGUUUUGAGUUUCAGGUGGUUCAUGUACGACUAUUCGGAUAUGAAUGGCAGCGGAAGCGGAGCCGCAGCGGUGAGUUCGGCCGCGGCCGCUGCAGCAGCGUCCACAGGAGACGGUAAUUUCAGCACCAAGGCCAGUGGACAGCGGGGCGCUGGCAGCUCCGGUGGGGCUGUGGCAGCGCCCAACGCGGGCAGGAGGAGCGGCAUUCAGAGGUGCUGCAGAGCUUGCGUCUGGCUGUUUCAGAGCAUCAUUCACAUCUUGCAGCUGGGACAGGCUUGGAGGUACCUCCACGCGCUGUACCUGGGCGUGCAGAGCCGCUGGAGGGGGGAGCACGAACGACAGCACUACUACUGGCGCAUGAUGUUCGAGAGCGCUGACAUCAGCAUGCUGCGGCUGCUGGAGACCUUCCUCAAGAGCGCCCCCCAGCUGGUGCUGCAGCUCAGCAUCAUGAUCCACAGCAACAAGGUCCAGCCCCUGCAGGGCCUCUCUGCCUCUGCCUCUCUGGUGUCUCUGGCCUGGAUGGUAGCAUCAUAUCAGAAGGUAUUGCGGGACUCUCGUGAUGAUAAGCUGCCCAUGUCCUACAAGGCGGUGAUGGUCCAGAUCCUGUGGCACCUGUUCACCAUCGGGGCGCGCACCAUCGCCUUUGCGCUCUUUGCCUCUGUGUUUCAGCUGUACUUUGGCAUCUUCAUCGUCACCCACUGGUGCAUCAUGACCUUCUGGAUCAUCCAGGGGGAGACGGACUUCUGCAUGUCCAAGUGGGAGGAGAUCAUCUACAACAUGAUGGUGGGCAUCAUCUACAUCUUCUGCUGGUUCAACGUGAAGGAGGGCGGGGCGCGCUGCCGUCUGCUAGCAUACUGCCUGGUGACGCUCGUGGAGAACGUGGUGCUCACCGCGCUCUGGUUCCUCCACCGCGGCACCCAAACCUCUGACUUUUGCGCCCUGGUGGUGGUGUGCGUGGUGCUAUGCAGCUACGCCUUCGGCACCUUUUUCAUGUUCAUCUACUACUGCCUGCUCCAUCCUGACGCUGCCAUCACUGCUGGCCAAUGGGGUUGCAUGGGGGACAGUGGGGAGACGGAACCUGGCCUUUCUCCUGUCCCCCAGCCCAGCGCAGUGACCAGCCCCCCUCGCACCCUGCAGAGGACUACGGGGUUGGAGCGGGACAGGGAGAUUGGGGACAGGGACGGCUGUCCGCCUGUGUUCCAGGUGAGACCUUGCGCCCCGCCCUGCCCGGAGCCCCACCCAGUGCGGACUGAGGGGCCGGUGAUCCGUAUAGACCUGCCUCGGAAGCGCUACCCGGCCUGGGACGCUCACUUCAUCGACCGCCGCCUGCGGAAGACCAUCCUGGCCCUGGAGGCCACUUCCCCAGUCACCCCCCGUCUGCAGUACCGCACCUUGGGGUCUCCUACGGAGGUGCUGGAGUACGAGACUACCGUCUGACCCCUCCCCUCACCAUCCUCCUUCACCCCCUCACUCUGUGUUCCUAGCAAAACUGGCUUAUACACCCUCCCCCCUCCUCUCUCUCUGUCACUGUAUCCAGACUCAGCCCAUGUCAUCCCAUGGUUCCGCUUCUGGAAGCUUUAACAGUGUGGGAGAGUAGAGGCAUGGGUAGAGGUGAGUGUAGCCAGGGUGCACCAACAGAACUGGUAGGAGUGUAUAAGUAUUACCGCCCCUUCCAUUGCACCCAUGUAACUUUAGAAUACAUUCAUCUGAUUGGUUUAGGGGCCCUUUCUGAAGUGACACCCACAGAACUGUACAAGAAAUGUUCUUAUAUGUGGUGCCACCAGUCACAGCAAGGAUCAAAGGUCAAGUGGUCAGAGUUCAGAAUGUUUAUAGCUCAGCCUACAAAGGCAGCAGGAGAUUCUGGUAGAAGGAGCUGUAAAUGGUAACAUUGUAUGGAAAAUAUUCAUAUUUUUAAUGGUGACAAUUCUCAUGAAAGUUUAAAAAAUUGCUAAAGGAAACUGAGUGCCUGGGAAUCAAGACUUAAUACUGCAGUGCCCAGCCAAUUAAUAAUGCUCUCUCAGAUUGUCACCUUAACCUUGCAGCAAUUUUGUCGCGGCAUUGCACAGAUUUUACACUAAACUUAUCUGUCAGUUGAGGUGUCAAAUUAGCAUUGAUAGAAGGGAGGAGCUGUGUGUUGAAUUGCUUCUGUAUGGUGCAAACUUUAUUACCUAUAUGGCAUAUCUGUAACUACUUAUUUACUUUUUAAAAUUAUUUUUGUACUCAGUGGCCAUGUCUUUGAUAUGAUUCUUAUGCUAUAAUAAUUAUAUACAUAUGAUUAUUUUAUUGUAUGUAUAUAUUAGACUGACAUGACAGACUUGAGUGGGUGUUUUUUAGUUUCUUUUUUGUUGGUCACAUGCUUCAUACAUCGCAUGGUGACUGAAGCAGGGUACAUAGUGAAGGGUUUAAUAAGAUAACAGGUUUCAGAGUAUCAACAUAUACUUCACACAUUCACAACCGUGCACAUUUACAGUGAGGACAUAAAAAUUGACAUAAAGACAUAAAUAUACCAGAUAAAAUAUAGAAAAACACCAGACACAAACAAGGGUUUUAAUAGCGGUUUGUAUACAUGAAUUUAAAUAAUAAGUGUGUGGGUAUCCAGAGGCGGGUAUGGCAAUCUGAAUGUCACUGAAACAUUUUGCAUAGUGUUAAAUUUGAGUAUAUCUGACACAAAAACUGGGGAAAAUGUUCUCUGGCAGAGUUCACUGAACCCAUCAGCACAUGAGCAGCUUACUGUACUAGCUGGGGAAGAGCUGUUUCGGUGUUCAUGUCUGUGAAGUCGCAGAGAAAAGCUGUGAUGCUGAAUGUUUGUUAGGUGGGCAGAGUGAAGGCCUCUCGGUGGUAUGUGGGAUCCCUUCUUCUCUCUCUUGCAGCUAAAAGUGUUUCCUCUGCCCAACUAAACCUCGCACUGCAUCAGUUUGUCUUUGAUCAACGCCUAAUAAACAGGAGUGCAGCCAACUCUCCUGUCUCUCUCCCUCUCUCUCUCUCUCUGUCUGACUCUCUCUCAGUGUUUGUCUGUCUGUCUGUCUGUCUGUCUCUCUCUCUCUCUCUCUCUCUCUCUCUCUCUCUGGUAUACCCUGUGUUGGAUAAGCAUUUAUAAUCCAAGUCUCACAAAACUUUUAUUUUUUGGUUCAUUCAGAAUUAUUAUUUUUUGUUAUUACAAGACCACAUAGAGAAAAUCUAAUGCAAUUGGACUGUCCUAGGUGAUCUGUGAUGCAUUUAAAUUUGUUAGAAAAUAAAUAACUAUGACAACAACAACAAUAAUAAUAAUAAUAAUAAUAUUAAUAUCAUUUAGGGGACUUUGGGGGAAAAACAAGUUCACAUUCCUAAUUUUCAGGGAAUGUUACAAAUUUUGUCCUAAUUUUUUUCAUAAUAUAUGAAAAAAGUCAUGUCUACUGAGCUAUUACAGCUUGCUGUCUCCUGAUAAAAAAAAGAGGUAAAAUAGUUUUUAUUUUUUCGAACUGUUUUAUUUUACUAUACCCUGUUUCACCGUGAUGUUUGUAGUAAGCUAAAUGGUGAGUUUGGUGAGACUUGGAAUUUAUGGAAAUUGAAUGUUCUGAUUGGUUGCAUUGUACACAAUGUUCUGCAAUACACAGAAAUGGCUGUUGUUCUAACGGAAAUAUUUACAGUAUUCGAUUUACCAAUAUCCCACUGUCAUCUGUUUCAAUGUUGGUGCUAACAACAAACCUGGUUUAUACUUGAGUAAUCUGUUUUAUAUGAAGCACACUGAUUUAACCUGGGGGGUAUUUUGCGAAGCUGGCUAAGAAAAUCCGGGUUUACUGAAAUGAACCUGACUUGAUUUAGAGUUACAUACCCUGGAUCAGCUCAGUUUCACGAAGCUGGAUUUCAGCUCAAGACAGCCAGGUUUGGCCAUUGAAGUUUCGGGCGCAUUCAUGGAAUAUUUACACAGCCCGAGUAAGUGAAUGUCCAUGAAACAUUUGGUUAUAGUAAAAUGGCAAAAUAACGUGCAAUUUUUACAGCAGAUAAGCAGGAACUCAUUAUGGAGUUUUAUGAAGACUACAAAUCUAUAAUUGCAAAAAGGAACACAACAGUAAUUAAUAAAGCGAGGGACACAGCCUGGGAAUCGAUUGCCCAGCACAUAAAUGCGUAGGUAGUCCAGUUGCAAAAUCAGUGCUGUGCUUUGCAUCUCCUCAAUUUAAAAAAAGUAUUCUGAUAGUAUUUUUGUUGUGUAUUUAAAUGUUUUAAUAAUAUGACAACAUAAAACGGAAAUACUUGACAAAAAAGGUCUGUAAUGUGUUGUUUGUAAGCCAGUGGUCCAUCCAAUGGCCAGCUUGAACUACGUUCGCCAACUCCCAGCCCCAAUGCAUAUGUGGCAUGUAGUCAAGCUUGCUUCGUGAAACAGAAGUUAUCUGAAAACCUAUAAAAACUUACUGAUAGAAAAAUCAAAUUUACCGCUUAAUAACGCUUUGUGAAAUACCCCCCCCCCCUUUUUUUUUUGCAUCAGUUUGUGAUGGUUUAUAUCCUUUUGUACUGGAAUAUUCUGGUGCAAUCAAUACUUCUGACAACACACAAGCAGUCAUGCUUAACACCUUUCCUGUCAGACUGUUACUGUAUACUGCAAAAAAAAACACAAUAAAUGAAACACGGUAAUAAGUCUUCAUUGGGAGAAUAAACAUAAUGUGUAAACAG